UACCUAGCAAGCUGAAGAGUGUGUCUGCAAACAGCCACAACGAUCACCACAAGAAGCAGCAGCAGCAGCAAGAGCAGAAGCUGAAGCAGCAAUUGAAGUGUCUGGUCUGGCACUUCACACACACACAAGGUUCUUCCUCUCUUACGCAGACGAUAAUCAAUAGCAGUCGCGAGGAGCAGCAGCAGCAGCAGCAACGAGCGGAUCAGCAUGCUGAUCGUACGGUAACGGCCAAAGUGCUGUCGAAUCGAUCUCCGUCUUUCUCGGCUCUGAUAAAGAAUGAACGGUUGCGGUGGCGUUGGUAGUGGUGUACCAGUGCCGAUGGCACUGGCCGAGCAUCGUGCAAAGAUCAUCGCCAGUUCCGGUGGUCGCCAACAGCAGCAGCAGCAGCAGCAGCAACAUCAACAACAGUCAUCGAAUUGGCUGCUCACUGGUCAACUUCGACGACCAUCGCCGAUCGGUGCCGUCGCUGGUGGUUCCGGCCGUCGUCAAAAGGAAGCCAGUGCAGGCGCACGGAAAGUGCUCGACCCUGGCAGUGACGGUGAGGAGGAUGAUAGUGCGUCGGUGCGGAGCGAUGAUAACGAAUCAUCGUCAGAGACGGUGAGCGAUUGCUCCGUUGAUGAGAUACCGGUGUGGAUCAAGGGCGAACAGCGAUGGAUCUCGGGCGUCACGGACGAGACGACGUGUGCGGAUCUGAUCGAGGUGCUGGUGCAGCAGGAGCAGGAACAGCAGCAACAGCAGGGGACGGCAGCGGGAGGGCCCGUUGUGCCACCAGCCCCAGUGAAGGACUAUUGCAUCACGGAACGGUGGCGACAGGUGGAGCAGGUGCUAGAUCGUGAGACGAAGAUAUGGCAAAUCUGGACCGCAUGGGGCAAGGCACAACCGGAGGUGAAAUUCAUUCUCCGUCGAGCCGAUGGUUCCCAUGGAACGAUGGCGAGUGUUGCGGGUGCGACGGCCACCACGACGACACCCAUCGGUGGUGAGCGGGAUCGGGAUAGUGGCCGCGGAAGCCCGACAGGCAGCAUCAACAGUGCAAUCGUACGGCGUAAGCGCCAUCGGGCCCAAAAGUCGACCUUCGCCUGGAUGACGCACGGACAGACGAUCCACCCGAAGUCAUCGAAGACGUCGAUCGAGCGUUUGAUGAAGCUAAUCCUCGAGCAGGGUGACAUCAUACAGCAGCAACUGUCCAAGUUACGUGAUCGCGAGCUACAGAUCAGCACGAUCGAAGAGGAGCGACAUCGAGUGCGGGAACGGGAGCAUGGCAAGAACUAUCUGCUCGAAACGUACCUGAAGGGACUCUCCGAGGCGACCGAAACGGAUCCGAAUGCACUCGACAGUGGCAUCACUUCAGAGGCUACUACGACGGCCUCCCCGGAGAUGGACUUUGCACCGGAGAAUGAUUCCGAUCACAGUGCGGUGCCUGGUGUCUCUACAACGGCAGCGAGUGGUACUACUUCCGCAGCAAACAAUGUCGCUCCCCCCGAAGAAGAUCCAUCGGUAAAGGAACAGAUCAAGCUACUCGAAAAGAUCGUCUCCCUUAACAAACGAAUCCAGCGCGAAGAAGAAUCCGCGGUGAAGCUGUUCGAGCGUAUCCGGCGCUACCAGCUAGAGGAUCCACCGGAUCAGGCACGUAUCGAACUGGAGGACGCCCUGACCAAAGUGAAUGCCUCGAUCGAUCGGGAAUCACAGGAGCUGCACUUGAUCGAUGAAAGUCUUCACAAAUCGGAUGAGCUGUUGCGCGAAAGAACGGAACUUCUGAAGAGCUUGACGGAGGAGCUACUGCAGCAGGAAACGAGCAUACCAGACUCCCAUGCACCCGAUGCCAAAGUGAUUAUGGACUUUUCACAACCGAAUCCGGUGAUGCGAGUUGAUCGACAUAAUCCCCAGGAGCAGCAGCAGCAGCAACAGCAGCCUUCACUCAGCCACACGGGAACCCUUGGCCCUUCGAGAACGGGCUUCAAACCGUCGAACUACCCGACGCUCUACCCGAUCGCGGAAGCCGUCGGUCCCGGGGAACCGGCCAAGAUUGUGAUCGCGAGCAGUACACUGCCAAGAAACUUCCAGCGACCGGCACUGACGGUACCGGUGUCGCAGCAGGUACCAGGGGCGCAGGGGCGUCUCACCGUACCCGAUGCCACCGGUAUCUCCGUCCAUCAGAUCAAUAAGUUUAUACAAUGUAGCAAUAAUCUGGGCACCAACUGCAAUACCAAUCGGGACGAUAAAAUCUGCCCCAAGCAGCUGUUCCAUUCGGCCGUCUCGGCAUCGGCUGGCGAGUCCCCGAGUGGCCAACAGCUGGUACCACCGGGCCACGAUCUAACCAACAUGGGAACGCUUGUGUAACAUUUUUCGAUGGUGUGGGGAAUUGAAAGGAAGGAAUGUCAGAGGAGUCACGGAGAGGAGAGGUCAGUGAGCUGAGGGGGUAGGGAGCCCAUUUUCGCAACCAAAUCGAACCGAAACCGAAGAAUUCUAGAGCAUCGCCGGUGUGUAUGUAGAUAGUGGAGCCGACCAAACCGACCAAACGACCAAGGAAUGACCAACGAAAUCAAAAAAAUAAAGGAAAGAAACACCCAAUUAGUCUAGUAAAAGUAGAACAGACAGAGGACAAAGUAUUUAAGGCACUAGAAGUAGCAUUUUCCGCUUAUUAUACAAUCUGUUUACCCCCCCCCC